GAUGUGAUUAGUGCUGCCGCAGUAUCGCAAACACAGAGUGGACUGGUUGCCGGAGAUGCCUGACGGUCUGUUCUGAGGAGCGGCUAGCAGCGCGAUGGAGCGGGCCAGGGACCGCUUACACCUGAGACGGACUACGGAACAGCACAUACCAGAAGUGGAAGUCCAAGUCAAACGUAGAAGGACAGCCUCACUGAGCAACCAAGAGUGUCAGCUCUACCCAAGACGAUCUCAGCAGCAGCAAGUACCUGUAGUGGAUUUCCAGGCGGAACUGAGACAGGCAUUCUUAGCAGAGACACCAAGAGGUGGUUAAAGCAGUAUUGGAACAUCCAGGUUAGCUGAUUUCCAAGUGAAAAACCAAGGCUCCAUCUACUGUUUGAAGCUUCUGCCCCAAGCUUGCAUUGUUUGUAAGAGAACCUGCGUCAUACCUUUAUCUGUAGCCUUCCCUUA